AUGGUGAACGAAACAGAACCAGAAGAUGUCGAUGACCCCGAGCAAGGCCAAGACGCACCAUCCAAGCCCUCCUGCGAAUUAACGCCGAGCUCAAGAGGUCGUCAACGCAAAAAGAACUGUAAAUACGCCGACUACGACACCACAGACAAAAACGAACACCAGAUUGAUGAUGAAUCACCAUCGAGGAAGCCUUCGCCAAAGGCAAAAUCAAAUGUACCAAAUCCUGGAAAGACUCCUGCCAAGCGAGGACGUCCGAGAAAAGUCCCGUUGGCGACCGUGGAUGUCUGCAAAUCACCUCACGUGCCUAAUGGAGACACCGUAACGCAAACAAAUGUUACAGCCGUUCCCCUCGCAGAAGGUUCUUUAGAAAAUGGUGCUCCAAAGCCAAAAAGGAAGUAUGUCAAGAGGAAGACAUUUACGUUGGAACCUGUCAUACCACGUGAGGAGGAUAUCAAAGAAGAACCUGAGGAGUUGGAACUAGGAGUGCGGCCAAGGAGGAGUGCUGCAAAAAUGGCCAUGAAGUUCCUUCAUGCGAUGGCAGAAAAUGACGUUCCAAACGCCACCAGUGACGAUGUCACUGACAAACCAACACCAGAAACUACAGAGAAAGAAAAUUCUAAAGUGAAAAAAGGUAAAAUGAGGGGGAAAAAAAGCCGAAAGAGAAAAUGUUCCGACGGUGACGCCGCUGAUGACAAAGAUUUUGUUCCUGUUGCGGCUGAGAUGGCAGAAGAAGAAGAAGAGGAGGAAGAAGAUGGUGAAGAGGAGCCAGAUUCUGAUUCCGAAGAAAAAUACAAUGUCAAUUCCUGUCGGACUCCCAAAAUCCUCCCUCUUCUGGAGACCGUUACCAAUCACAAGAAAUUCCGUCACGAGCAACUCAGUGGUUGGGUUUUCCCAGAUUGGUUGCCUUCCUCUCGUGUCUGGCGUCAAGUGCCAUCCAGUGAACUGGAAACCUAUUUACCUCAGGAGCAUCUUUCGGUGGAUUUCAAAGUGUCAAGGGACUGUUGCGGCGACAAGACACUGAUUCAAAGACUCGGCAGAUUUGAGGCGUUACCUGCCCACCCACAGGGUUGGGACAUGCACUUGUACACCGGCGGGCCGGUGUGGGCUAUGGAGUGGUGCCCGAUGCCUGACAACGCAGUGGCCUCGCAGUACCUAGCCAUAGCUUGCCACAGGAACAUGGACGACCAGCACUUCUACCAUGAAACGUACUCUGGACCAGCGUUGGUGCAACUGUGGGAAGUGGGGACACUGGAAUACAACACCAGGCCGAGCUCAAAACCUGCUCUUGUGUACGGCCUGGUCAUGGACUAUGGAUUUAUCCGGAACCUAAAGUGGUGUCCAUCAGGAGGCUGGGAGCUGCCCACUACACAGAAAGAGGCUCCUUUGCUGCCCAGACUCGGUCUCUUGGCUGUGGGCUCCUCCUCGGGCAUAGUCACCAUCUACAGCCUGCCUCAUCCUGAUGCUCUGCGUGCCAGCCAUGACCACCCAGACUCUGUAGGUGAUUCCAACCAACCAUAUUCCAUUUACAAGCCUGAUCCGGUGGUAACCCUAAAAUUAGGUUCCUUGAAGGCUCCUCACCUGGAUCGCAGCGGUCAAGUUCUCUGUAUGGAUUGGUUGCCCGUCAAACCACACGACGUCAUCGCCGUUGGCUUCUACGAUGGUAUAGUUGGUUUAUGGGAUCUGAACACCAAAUCUGCAUUGCUGCGCAUUAAAGAGUCACAUGACGCUACCAGCCUGUUCCCAUAUAAAUGCUUCGUUGCUCACGAUCACGCCGUGCGAGCGCUCACUUUCUGUUCCGCCAGCAGACAUUUUAUGGCGACGGCUGGAGAAGACCGCCUCGUGAAGACGUGGGAUCUGCGCCGGUUGUACGGGCCAGUCACGGUGCAGAGACGCUCACUUAUUAAUGAGAUCUGCUGGCCUGUAACCGGACCAGGGCUCCUUUGGGCCCAAGACGUCUCCUUUGCAGCCAACAACACAAAUGGAGUCCAUUUUGUGGACCACCAAAUGAACUCUUACUUUGCCAUACCCAGGACGACCACCAUAUGGUCCAUCUCGUACUCAGAUUGGCUGAACUGCGUGGUGACGGCGGACAUGCUAGGAGAGGUCAUCAUCAGCACAUUACCGUCCUUCGCCAGCCUUACUCCAUACUUGAAAAAGUCAGUGGAGAGGAGAUUCCCUGUUUACAUGACGUCUAUGGAGCCUCACGAAGCGGAGGGAGGACAGGAAGUGUGUGCGAAAGAAGAAAAGGAUAAUGACGAAGCAGGAAGUAGCGAAGGAUUGGCUGAUGUAUGUCAGCGACCCCGUGAGGUGUUCAAAGAGGCUAUGAAGAAGUAUUACCUCCACCAUACUGACAACAACAUGGUGAAGAUCUUCAACAAAGCAUCACGCUUAUGGAAGCGAAUGAGACACACAGAGUUUCGUGAGAAGCUCAACAUGGACCAGGUGCCUUUGGCUUCACUGCACAAGGUGCGUCUGAACCCAAACCUAAACUGCCACACGUGGAUAGCUUCAGGUGGUCGCACUGGCCUGGUGCGACUCAUCUGCAUCAGAGGCUUGAUCAACAAAGACAUGUGUGACCUCAUCAACCGCUCCUGCGAUGGCCCUCUAUGA